UUUCAGGGACUGGUUGGACUUUAACCGAGAUGUCAUAUUUACAGUGACACCUGGAAAAUGUCACGUUGUACUUCAUGACGGCGGAUCGGAGGAUUUGACCCAUGUCGGCAAUGGUGUUGUCCUGUUUUCGACGGGUUUACUGACUUCAAAGGGUCAUAUUAAAGCAGUAGACUUAAAUCAGAGUUUGAAUGCUUUUACUCUUAACAUAACCAACUCACCGGAGAGAGACGACUUCAUGACUAAACUACACGGCUUAUCGUCUUGGCGAGAUCCCCACACUGGUAAGCUAUAUCUUUAUGUGAUAUCACAUGCUUCGGAGGAAAGUAUUGAAGUAUUCGAAGUUGAAGACGGCAUAAACCUUAAAUACAUAAAGACAAUCACAGAUUCCAGUUUUGCUUCCAAACUUAUGAACGAUCUUGUAGUGGUUGGAAAAGAUAAGUUUUACAUCUCACAGUUUACACAUUUUCCAAUCCGUGACAUGACCAAGGUCAAUUUGGAAUGGCUGUCCCGCUGGAAAACUGGGAAUAUAUAUUACUAUGAUGGUCACAGGGCAAGAGUAGUAGCGUCAAACCUUGAACAGCCGAAUGGAAUCAACAUUUCUCCAGAUGCAAAGGUGAUAUAUCUAUCGGAAUGGGGAUCAAAGACAUUAAAGGCAUACAGGAGGGAAUCAACAAACAAUCUUGUUGAACUAUGGAGUACGUAUCUUGGUACUGGUAUCGAUAACAUUGAAGUGGACCCAGAUACCGGGGAUCUCUGGAUAGGAGCUCAUCCGGUGAUGUGGAAAGUUAUUGAUCUUUUAAAUAUAUUUGGUGCUAAACAUCCUGGUCAGGUGCUGCGAAUAAAAAUGACUGACAACGCUAUCUCCGAAAUAGAAGAGGUCUUCUCCGACGAUGGUAAUUUUUUAUAUGGGACUUCGUCAGCAACAAAUGUGAAUGGCAAGUUAGUCAUCGGUACCGUUUCACAGAAAGCUGCCGUUUGCGAACUCAACUAUUUGUCAAAGAAUGAUGCUACGGACAGCGGACUGCUUCCAGAUUCAUACGUAGCGAAUUGAAAAGGGUUGAUAACUAUAUAAGAGGCGUUUGAUAUAUUUUCACAAGACAAAUAAACUUCAGUGAAAGCAUACUUGCUUCUUUUUCGUCUUCCCGAUUUUUAGGAGGGGGUUGGUAUAGCUGCUGUCUUGUCCUUCCAUCCGUCCGUCCGUCUUAUCCUCUAACCAUUCCGAAAUCUUUGUUCGGAUAACUUUUCUUACUGUUUUCUAUGGAUUUGGUCCAAUGUACAGAAAUGUAUCUUGAACAUAUUGUCAGGACAUGAAUGUACCAUGCCAAGAUUAAGAGUUAGUUUACAGAAUUCGGCACAUUGUCCAAUACUUAUACAACUCUUCCCACAGUUUUCAAGAGAUCUAGCCCAACCUAACAGAUAUGUACUGUUAU